AAAAUCACCGGAAAUAUCACAAACGGCCUUUUCUCUCAGGCGGCGGGCGGCACAACCAACCGAAGCCUAUAUAAACCGCCGCACUGUCAACUGACACGCACUCCAUAUAAACCGUCAUCGUCACUGUCAACUCACACGCACAAUGGAAGAAGACGAAGCGGAGAUCUACCAGGGAGUCCGAGCUCACUUCCCUGCGACGUUCGGGAAGCAGUCGAAGCCCGUCACCCCUCUCGAAUCCCUCCACAACGCCACCCGCCGCCCCUCCGCCGUUGAUACUGACCAAUCUACCCCUAACGAUGACGCCACCACCACCACCGCCAAAGGUUUCCCUUCUCUCUCUUCCUCCUCCAAAUCCUGGCUCGACUCCCUCAAGAACUCGAACCCUAGCUCCCGCAACCGCUCUAGCCCUAACCCGGACCCUAACCCUAAACCUAAACCUAACAAUGAUGUGGUUAUUGGGCCGCCUCGGCCUCCAUUGAAUUCGGUUAACGGUGACGACUUCGGUGACGAUGAUGAGGAUGGAAUGAUUGGGCCACCUCGGCCGGCGGCUAUUAGUGAGGAGGAGGAGGAGGAUGGUGAGAUGAUUGGGCCGCCUCGGCCUCCGCCGGUCGAUUCAGAUGUGGAGGAGGAUUCGGACGGGGAAGGAGAGGGUCGGUUUCGGAUACCUCUCAGUAAUGAGAUUGUCUUGAAGGGUCACACUAAGGUUGUUUCAGCUCUUGCUGUUGAUCAUUCGGGAUCUAGAGUGCUUUCUGGUAGUUAUGACUAUUCAGUUCGUAUGUACGACUUUCAAGGGAUGAAUGCUCGCUUGCAAUCCUUUCGACAGCUGGAGCCAUCUGAAGGUCAUCAAAUUCGCACUCUCAGCUGGAGUCCGUCGGCUGACCGAUUUUUGUGCGUGACUGGCUCAGCCCAAGCUAAGAUUUACGAUCGGGAUGGACUUACUCUUGGUGAGUUUGUUAAGGGGGACAUGUAUAUCCGUGACCUUAAGAAUACCAAGGGCCAUAUAACGGGAUUGACUUGUGGGGAGUGGCACCCUAAAACGAAGGAAACAAUUUUGACGUCAUCAGAGGAUGGAUCACUACGUAUAUGGGAUGUAAAUGACUUCAAAAGUCAAAAGCAGGUGAUCAAGCCAAAACUUGCAAAGCCCGGAAGAGUUCCUGUUACCACAUGUGCUUGGGAUCGUGAGGGAAAAAGCAUUGCAGGUGGUAUUGGAGAUGGUUCUAUACAGAUAUGGAACCUUAAGCCUGGCUGGGGAAGUAGGCCAGAUAUACAUGUUGAAAAGGGUCACUCAGAUGACAUCACUGGACUCAAGUUCUCUAGUGAUGGGCAGAUUCUACUCUCAAGAAGCUUUGAUGAAUCAUUGAAGGUUUGGGAUUUGCGCAAAAUGAAAGAUCCACUCAAGGUGUUUGAGGAUCUUCCUAAUCAUUAUGCUCAAACAAAUGUAGCAUUUAGUCCGGAUGAGCAACUCUUCUUGACUGGAACAUCUGUUGAAAGGGAAAGCACAACUGGAGGUUUAUUAUGCUUUUAUGAUCGAGCAAAACUCGAACUUGUGUCAAGAGUUGGGAUUUCACCAACUGGUAGCGUUGUUCAGUGUACUUGGCACCCGAAACUGAACCAGAUAUUUGCGACAAUUGGGGAUAAACACCAAGGAGGAACUCACAUCCUAUACGAUCCAACCCUCAGUGAGAGAGGAGCUCUUGUUUGUGUUUCGCGUGCUCCAAGGAAAAAGUCGGUUGAUGAUUACGAAGCAAAACCAGUGAUACACAACCCUCAUGCACUCCCCUUGUUUAGAGAUCAACCAAGUCGUAAGCGUCAGCGGGAGAAGAUAUUGAAAGACCCAAUGAAGUCUCAUAAGCCUGAAAUUCCAAUGACAGGACCAGGUCAUGGUGGAAGAGUUGGUUCAACAAAAGGAACCUUGUUAACUCAGUACCUUCUUAAGCAAGGAGGGUUGAUAAAGGAGACAUGGAUGGAUGAAGAUCCUAGAGAAGCUAUUCUGAAAUACGCUGAUGUUGCAGCAAAAGAACCGAAAUUCAUUGCUCCUGCAUAUGCACAAACUCAGCCUGAACCUGUUUUUGCAAAAUCGGAUUCUGAGGAUGAAGAGAAGUGAUCUGAAUAUGUUUGACCUUUGCAGUUGUAAUUCGUACUGCCCAAGCUGAAUCUUGGACGUUUCGCCGGUGUAUCCAACUGGAGUGUUGUAGAAAGCUAUCACAAUACGCUUCCUGCGUCGUGAUUGUAUAAGAAUAGAUAAGCCUUGUCUCCCAAACGAAUGUCAGUAGUGACUUUGAUAAAUACAAUGUUAUUCUAAUUUGUAUGUUUGAAUACAAUAAUGGACUUCCAUUUUUACCAGUGUAGAAGUGCCAUUGCUUUCUGACAUUGAAGUUAAAAUCACUUUCCAAGCA